CGUUAGCCGCGUGGAUGUGUGGAGUUAGCAGGAGGACGAUGGUGUGGUCGCACCGCAGAUAAAUAUUUCAGUGGUAACGAAGCGACAAUGUCUUCAGUUCAGCAUCUGAGAGAGUUUGUCAGCGAGCGACUAACUGCUGCUGCUGAAGAAAUAUUCGGAGUCUUUGAACAAACUAUCGUCGAGUACGAGGCAGAGAUCGAUCGUCAGCGCAGACUGCUGGAUAUCGUUUGGAAACCCGAGAUAAAGCUGCACAGGAUCGAGCUCCCACAGCAACAUGUGUGUAAGGAGGAGGAGGAGGUUCUCACUGACCAACAGCUCUGGAACCAGCACAGGAACUCCAGUCUGGACCCAGAGCCUCCACAGGUUAAAGAGGAACAGGAGGAGGUCUGCACCAGUCAGGAGGGAGAGCAGCUUGUACUGAAGCAGGAGACCCAGACCUUUAUGUUGAGUCCUACUCAUGAGGAAAGUGAGCACAGUGAACCAGAACCAAACAGGGACCACCAGCUCCUGUCUCACUGCUCUGCUGCUGCUGAGAACCAAGACCAGAGAGGAGGACAGCAUGUGGACCCAGAACCAACCAGAGAUGCAGAGUCCAUGACAAAGAAGAGACGUCACAACAGAAGACACAGAAACAAGGUGGACAACUCUGCCACCACAAAGAGUCUCUGUGAAACUCACACAGGUACAGAGGCUUUAAAAUGUGACACCUGUGGUAAAAUGUUUAAGUGUAAGUCCCACUUAAACAGGCACCUGAGAACUCAUACAGGUGAGAAACCGUACCCCUGCAACACCUGUGGGAAACGAUUUGGUGAAGCACCAACGUUGAAAAGGCACAUCAGAAUCCACACAGGUGAGAAACCUUAUUCUUGCCAAACGUGUGGAAAAUGUUUCAGUAAUAAUCACAAUUUGAUGAUCCACGUAAGAACCCACACAGGUGAGAAACCGUACCCCUGCAACACCUGUGGAAAACGAUUUGGUGACGCACCAACUUUGAAAAGGCACAUCAGAACCCACACAGGUGAGAAACCGUACCCCUGCAACACCUGUGGGAAAAGAUUUAGUGGCGCAUCAAAGUUGAAAGAGCACAUCAGAAUCCACACAGGUGAGAAACCAUAUUCUUGCAACACGUGUGGAAAAUGUUUCAGACAUAGUUCCAGUUUGUUGAUCCACAUAAGAACCCACACAGGUUUGAAACCGUACUCCUGCAACACCUGUGGGAAAAGAUUUAGUGACGCACCAACGUUGAACAAGCAUGUGAGAAUUCACACAGGUGAGAAACCAUAUUCUUGCAAAACGUGUGGAAAAUGUUUCAGAUGUAAUUACAAUUUGUUGGUCCACGUAAGAACUCACACAGGCGAGAAACCGUAUCUCUGCAAGAUCUGUGGGAAAAGAUUUAUUAACAAUGUAAAAUUAAAGAAACACAUGACAAUCCACUCAGGUGAAAUCCCUUAUUUUUGCGUGACAUGUAAGAAAAGUUUCAGUCGUAGUGAUUCCUUGUUGAGACAUGUAAGAAAUCACACCCGUGAGAGACCCUAAGUCUGCAACACCUGUGGGAAAAGGUUCUAUCAGAGAUCAUACUUACGAGAGCAUGUAAGAAUUCACACACACGUAUAUGAGAUCACAUAAAAGCAGGAAGCCUCGUGUCUGCAGGAUACAUGGAGAGGAUUCAGUCCUGAUGCUUCAUGGACAAAACACAGACGAACCCACAGGAGUGAAGAACCACAUGAUUUCAGCUGCUGUGGGAAACAUUUUUCACUCAACACCUGAGGAUCAGUUUCCACAGGAGAAACUGUCCAGGUGAAACAUGUGGAGAAGAGUUCACCAACUGACUGAAGAACACGACACAGACACGUGUAACUGACUGAGCCAGAGUCUGACCCCAGAUCAGCACUGAAGGUGACAGUGGCAACAAGUUUUGUCAGAGCUGGUUUGUAGGAGCCUAAAUGUCAUUUUGGUUAACUGCUAUUUGGACAGUAGUUUGGCUUCAUGUGUGGAUUUAAAGUGUUUAGAUAGGCCACAUAUGGUGCUUUGUAAUAUCUGGGGGAGUAUGUUGUGGUUGCGUCUGCCUUUAAUACUCAGGGUAUCUGUGUGGGUGUGGUUACCUGGGCAGACACUCGGUCAGGCAGCAUGGAGUGGAGCCACAGUUUUUUUAUAUCUGUCUAUAUUUCAUUCUGUUCUUUACUUUCUCAGCUUGGAUG